GAGAGAGAGAGAGGAAGAAAAAGCUGUCUUUUCCUCCCCUCUCUCUAUCUCUCUCUCCGAAAGGUAUUCCGUUUUACCUCUUUCUCUCCGAUGGCCUUUGGACGGAAUCCACGCCGCUGCGCGCCGUAGGGCGACUGGGGGGCCGGGCCAUGGACGACGCGUGGCACGUCAAAUGCGGCUCCGCAUGGCCUCCCCCGCCGGCGGCCGCUCUGACGCCAUCCCUACCAUUGCCUCCUCCUCCGAUGGCGCCGCAACCGCCGCAGCUUCCGGCGAUGGGAUCUGCCAGCCAGGUGGCCAUGAAUUUGCGACAGCAUAUUCAUCCUUCAAUUGCACAAGAAUCUUUUCAGCAGGAUCAAGUAAUAGUUCAAGAAUCAUUGGUCUUUAACUCUUUGAACUUAGAUUCUUGCAAAUCAGGGAAAACAGAACUGGGCAAUUCAUUUCUUGCUCUUUUAUCUGGCGAAUUUUCUCAAUUACCAAAUUCAAGACCUUCUUUAACUAAGCUACAUGACAAUAAUGGUGGUAUUGAUGUCAGUGGUGCAAGUUCUGCGGCACCAGUUGCAAGUAUUACAACCAUGCCAGAGAAUCAUGGAAAUGAUGUCAUGGGAAAUGGAAAUGAGCUUUCUUCAUUUGUUGCAUCAAGGUCAUUCUUAUCUACUUGCAUGAAACCCCCUGUUUUGCACAAUAAUCUUCAAGUAACAGCUUCUCCUUGUUGUGGUAUGGAAUCUGCUAAACAAACUACCCAUCAAGCAUUUCAGGGUAAGAAUUUAGGGGUUGCAGCACCUUCUAUGGGUUAUGCGUGGCCUACUAUCGGUAGCCCUUCAAAUGCCAGCCAGUGUCAUACCUUAAAUGUUCAGACCUUGCAUAAAAUGUCAUUUGAGACCAAGCCUUCUGUCUCUUGUCAUGCAUCUUCCUUUCUCAGAGGGCGCCCCCGUGUCUUCUGCAUGAAUACAGUUGGAGAGCUGUUCGCCAGUGACAUCGGGCUUUUUGGAGUUGUUUGCUUUUGUCAUAGUUUACCUAUGUCUGUGGCAAAAUUUUGUGAGCAUUCAGGAUCACCUUCAGCUAACCCUGGUGAGGCUGUCCAUUUGGAGAAUGGAAUGACUCUUGCACAGUGGCGUAAGCUGUGUUUAGGGAUUAUGGCUCCAGAUGAUGGCAGUGGAUGGGAUUGGUCAGAUAGUUCAUUGGUAAAAGGUGCUUUGCUCGGAUCUAAGGCUAGUAAGGUCACAACCCUGUUUAAAAAUCCUGAGGCAACUAAUACAGCGGGGGCAUUUGGUGGACUAUGGAAACCUGGAGAACCUUGGAACAAGUUUUUGUAUAAUGGUCACCCAUAUACAGCAGUAGGGGGAUAUGGUACCCUUGGAAAAUCACUGAACAAGGAGGCAGAGAAUGCUGAUCCGAGGUAUUAUUUGAAUGGACAUAAUCUUUUCUCCAAGAACUUGUCCAGUUCAUCAGAAAGUGUCAUGCCUCCUGUAGCUAAGCACCAGACAGUGCAGGCAGUGAAGCAAAGUCAUGCUUGUGUUGGUCGUAAGGAGACUCAAUCAAGUAUACAUAAGGGAGAACAGAAUGUUGGGCAUCACUUUGAUGCUUACAAUAUUGAUAUCUCAGGAAAAUGUGGAAAUCCAUCCAUGUCCUCGCCAUAUGCAGGCACUAAGAAAUCUUUCAGCCAUGACUACAGCAUCAGCAGCGGUUACUUUUCCAGUGAAUCAUCUAUGGUCAAUAGGGAUGGUGCUUCUUCAACCAUUGAAUUGAGGCUUGGGCAGCCAUCUCAGCAUAACCAUACUUUUCCAGGUUCAGUUCCAGCAGCUGUGCUGCAGUUUGGAGCACUAUGUAACUCAAAGAGGCCACAGUUCUCUCAGCCACUGACAUGCCGAAAUGAUUAUCCCAGGGAAACAAAGACACCAAGGCUAAAUCUCCAGCACACUCCUUCAGAAGUAUCAUCUUCACACAGACAUCAUCCACAGCAUGCAGUUGAAACUACGAAUGCCAUUAAUCGUUCUGAAUCAAAGGAUCUCAUGGGGGAUGCAACUAAGAAUUCAAUGAUAUCAUUAUUUCUUUCACACCUUGAAGGGAACAACACAUCUCAGUGUGUUGAUAAUAUUGCUAAUAACAGUGAGCAUUUUCUGUCAAGGUUGCUUGAUGGUGACUCCGUUUCUGUCAAAUGCAACCUUUCAGAUUCUCUGACAGACAUUGCUGAUGGAAUUAGAAAGGGUUCUGAUGCAUACCAGUCUGAUCUUUUUAAAAAUGUGGAUAAGGAGCUGGAAGUUGUUGAUAAUUGCAUGGUAAAAUCAAGCUAUCUGGUCCAAAAUAAGCCUAUGGCAGAUACCAGAUUUCCUGCUUUGGCUGGUAGCGGACAUCAUCCUUACAGUAGUUCUCGUGAGGAUGAUAGACAAUCUUCCUUGUAUCUCAGUCAGCUACCUGCCAAGAUGCAGCCUGCACCUGAUGCUAGGAACUCUAACCAAUGUGCGAAAGUCUCCUCCUUUGCAAGCAGGGAUCAUUGUGAUCAUGCAUUUCAUAGAUCUACAAAUCCAGUUCCUUAUGCUGCUAAGGAACCUGGUUCUCUAAACUCAGAUGUCCAAGUGAAUCUCUCUUCAACAAACUCCUUGCGGGCUUCAGAACCAUCUUCUUCGUUUUCAAAUAAGAACAAUGUUGAUACAUCCCAGCCAUUGAUGGAUGAGAACUUGAAAGUUCUUGCUUUAAGGCAUAUGGUUGAGUUUUCUAAGCAGGAAAAGUCCACUGCAUCCCUGGAAACAGGCCCACAGCACAGAAGGUUAUGCUGUCUUUCAUCUAAGCAAUUGCAAAGGAAUGUUUGCCAAGAUGAUCUGAUAGCACCUGAAGAGCUAAGGCAGGAACCUUUUGUUAAUAUUCAUCAGGAUAUCUCCAAAAUAGCUGCUAGAUCUAUACAUUCAUGCCCAAAUUGUCACAUAACUGGUGUUCAAGUCUUUACCGGCAAGCCUGGCUUCACAGGUCCAAACAGAUGCUGCAAUUGCAUAGCUGCAACGAGAAGAGACUCGGUUUGUUCUAAAGGGCACGGCAUUCAGUUUUCUUCUUGUUGCAUAUGUGGUGUUGAUGAACAGCCUUGUUUGAGACUUGGGAGACUCUCAAACAGCACUGCUGACUGUGCUAAGUUUGAAGUGUGCAAGCAGAAGGAACAAAGUCCUUACUCAUCUGGAAAGUGCUGUUCCUCUCUAUGUUCAAAUUGUGUGACAGGUCAUAUCUUGGAAAGUGGUAGCCCUUAUGAUGCCUUAGGUGAACAAAAUGUAUGUGGGAAAGCCAAAUUAGUGCAUAUCAUGCCACCUUGUGAUAAAGAUGAUUUGCUUCGAGAUAGCAAAAGGAGUCGACUAAGUCAAUGUGAAUGCUUCAAGAACAAUACCGCCAUGAAGAAUGACAGCCAGACUGCUCUGUCGAGAGAUGUUCCAAGCAAAGUGAUUGCACACUCUGAUGGUAUAAUUGGCAAGCCCGCACAGGUAUUGGAGGUCACAACAAUCGUUGAUGAUCAAGUUGCAGAGAAUAUUGUGAAGGAGAUUGAUGGAAUUAAUCAAGAUUCUGAGUCAAUGAAAGCAGAACAGAUGUCUAAUAUUUCUUCUGGAUCCUCUGCUGCUGCUGUAACUGAGGUUUCAGUUGAAGCUAAUAAUGUUGAUUCCUGCAGCAGAUAUGUUAGCCAUGCUAAGACUCUCCAUGAUUUUGUGGUUGAUGAAGGAUCAGGAAUUGAGAAAUGUGGUUCAUCUGAUGAAGCACUAGGCGGUAGAGAGUGCAUAGAAUCCCUCACUUUCAAGGGUAAUAUGGAUCCAGCCAGGUCUGGGUUGCUCUCUUUGCCAAAUCAUUCAUCUCAUGAAGCUCAUUUCGAGAAUUCAUGCAAAAGAAAGCGGGUAAGAAAUCAGAUCAUUGAAGGAUGUAAGGCUCAUGAAAAGAUCAACCAGAAGUGGCACUCUGAAAGGAUGUUGGAAGCAGAUAAUGGAAAGGAACCUAUGGAAUUGAAUAGACUAGAUGUGUCGAUUCCAGUAACUGGAUUUUCUGUCGUACAUUCUGAAUCCUCUGACUGCAUUGGCCAUUCAAAAGUUCACCUUUCUUUAACCCAAGGGGUUGAAGCUCCAUCUCUACCUGAUGAUAUGAUGCAAAAGACAUGUAUCUCUUCCUGCAGGUCUUCAAGUAUCAAGCGGAAACGCUCUGCUUUGUCCUCCCCCAGGCCCCAUUCCAUAAAGAGAUUUGACGACCAUUAUAAAUUGUGGGAGCCUCAUAAGAUGCAGUCAGUUAGUGAUGAUCAUUCUUUUAGGACAUUUAAAGUUUUGGCUGAAAAGAAGGAAAAACAAGAUUUAGCUGCAGGCUCAAAACAGGAAAACCGUGUAAUUGCUGGAAAAGCACCUAAAUUUGUGUUGCUAAGUUGUAUAGGAAGCCCUCCCAACCAUGGAAAGGGUAUUAUGGAUAAGAAGGUGAGGCCUGUUGUUUGUGGGAAUCUGGGUGUCAUUUCCAGUGGAGGUACUAGUGGUCCACAGAAGCCUGCAAAAAUUGUUCCUCUCAGCUUGAUUCUUAAAAAAGCUAGGUGUAGCACCACUGAAUUUGUCAAAAAUGCUGGACUACCAAUAUCCUCAAAGACCAAAAAAGCACGCCUUAGUGCAAAGCUAUCUUCAUGGAAGUUACGACUUGAUGAAAAUUCCAAGGUGGUUGAAAAAAAUGGAGCAGAUUCUGGCAUUCCUCUUAUGUCACAAAAAGAUAAAGGAUUUUCAAGUAAAAAUGAUGAAUGUUUAGAUGAUUCUUCCAUGACAGCAAAGGAGACAGAUGCUGGAAAUAAUAAAACUAUAAAGCCUAGUUUGUGUCAUAAAAGGUUUCUCUCCCAGUCCAAACCAAAAUACAAGGAUAUACACGAGUGCACUCUACUUGCAGGAAAAGAUGAAAAUGCUAUAAAUCCUACAUGCUUACCAACUUCUGGGAAGAACGAGGGUUCAGAUUCAGUUGAGGCCGAAAAUCAAUUGGCAACUUCCUCUUCAACUGGUAUAGCUGAUAAUUUAGUUGGAAUGGAAGAUCAUGGGAAAAAAAUUUGUUCAAGAAAGGCUUUGAAAUGUGUAUCUUCAAGAAAUAUAAGAUCAUUGAACAAUUCCAAGAAUAAUCAAGAUCAUGCUGGCAAGCUGUGUCAAGUAAGCACAAGAAGAUGUAGCAAAGAGAACAAGUGUCCUUCCUUUCUUUUAGAUUCAGAAGUAUUUUGUUGUGUCUGUGGAGGUUCGAACCAAGAAGAUGUCAAUCACUUACUAGAGUGCAACCGAUGCAUGAUUAGAGUGCAUCAGGCCUGCUAUGGUGUUUCAAAACUUCCCAAAGGUCAUUGGUAUUGUAGACCAUGCAAGUCCAACUCCAAAAACAUAGUCUGUGUCCUAUGUGGUUAUGAAGGAGGUGCAAUGACCCGGGCAUUAAAAAGUCGAAAUAUUGUGAAAAGUCUGCUGCGGGCUUGGAAAGUUGGACUGCAACCUAAUUCCAUGAAAUCAGUUCCUUCAUCUGACAUUCUAAAGAAUGAGCUGUUGGGACCAGGUUCAGUUGGUGAAGCAUCUGGAUACCAGUCAUCUGGUUCUGCUUACACUGCAGGAGAAAUAGACUCCAAUAGCCUGCAUACGGCUGUUUUGAAAAUGGAUGUGCAAAACCUGAACAAAAGCAUACAACAGAGGGACGUUAGGACAAAAAACUUUCAGGCUUGUAACAGCGUAAUUGCUGGAGUACUUGAUCCAUCCAUUACACAGUGGGUUCAUAUGGUUUGUGGGCUUUGGACACCUGGGACACGGUGCCCAAAUGUGGGCACAAUGAGUGCUUUUGAUGUGUCUGGUGCUUCUCUUUCUAGGAAGAAUGCUGCUUGUUCAAUGUGUAAACGACCUGGGGGCUCAUGCAUAGAGUGCAGAGUUCCAAAUUGCUCUGUAUUGUUUCAUCCAUGGUGUGCACACCAGAAGGGAUUACUGCAAAGUGAGGUUGAAGGUGAUGACAAUGACAAGGUUGGCUUUUAUGGGAGAUGCCUGGAUCACGCCACCUUUAACAGUUUUAAUCUUGAUGGUCAUCCUGUGGAUCCUGAAGAAGAAAUUCCAAGAAACAGGGAUUGGACUUGUGCUCGUACAGAGGGCUUCAAAGGUCGAAAAAGAGAGGAAGGACUUGAUCCUACCCUUCAGAAGCCAUACAAGGAUGGUGGGGGAUGCAUUGUUUCCCAGGAGCAGAUCAAUGCGUGGCUUCAUAUUAAUGGGCAAAAGUCAUGCGCAAGAGGGGUAGUGAAACCACCAUGUUCAGAUGUGGAGUAUGAUUUCCGGGAAUAUAUUUGUUACAAACAGACAAAGGGGUGGAAGCAUUUGGUAGUCUACAAAUCUGGCAUUCAUGCACUUGGUCUGUACACAUCGAAGUUCAUAGCCCGUGGAGCUAUGGUGGUCGAGUAUGUUGGAGAGAUUGUGGGGCUCCGAGUUGCUGACAAGAGAGAAAUUGAGUACGAGUCUGGAAGGCGACUGCAAUACAAGAGUGCUUGCUACUUUUUUAGAAUUGAUAAGGAGCAUAUAAUUGAUGCCACUCGCAAAGGUGGGAUUGCACGAUUUGUCAACCAUUCCUGCUUGCCGAACUGCGUUGCCAAAGUUAUAUCAGUCAGGAACGAGAAAAAGGUGGUUUUCUUUGCAGAGAGAGAUAUAAACCCUGGGGAAGAGAUUACGUAUGACUACCAUUUUAACCAUGAAGAUGAAGGCAAGAAAAUUCCAUGUUUUUGCAAUUCAAAGAAUUGCAGGCGGUACUUGAACUAGAAAAAUCAAUUGAAACAAAGCCUGCAUUGUAUUUUACUCAGUUGUAAACUCAUUCAGGGUAUAAUGUUUUCUUCAUUUGGUCAUUUGCCCUGAGACAUUUUUAAUGGAGUCCAUUUACUUGUGUUUCCUUGUAUUUUUUUUUUUUUUUUUUUACAAGUGUUUCUUUGUAUUUAUAUGUAAAUAAAGUACAAGGUUUUGUCACUCUGGACUGUCAGCUGCCAACUAUGGUGAUUAACUAUGGCAUGUGAAAAGCUUGAUCGAAUUCAAUCGGUGUAAAGAAGAUAAUUAGAAUGAGACUUCUACGAUGGACUUUUCUUGAUGCAUAGUGCUUUUGUAGCAUUUGAAGAAGUUUGGCUUUCUUUUUGAAUGAGUGCAUAAGAACCGCCUUUCU